AUGACUGCGACACCGCGCAUCCUCAUCUCUGGCGCAGGCAUCGCCGGACCCGUCUGCGCACACUUCCUCGGACGAGCCGGCAUCCGCACGACUCUUGUCGAGCGAGCUCCCGUUCUUCACGCCAACGGCCAGAACCUCGACCUGAACGGCGUCACCGCGCGCGUUGUCGUCGAGCGCAUGGGACCCGACGUCAACUCUGCCAUCUCCGCCGCCCGCACUCGUGAGGAGGGUACGCACACCGUCGACGACGCCGGACAGAUUCGCGCUUCCUUCCCUGUCGAGGGCGGAGGGUUCACGAACGAGAUCGAGAUCAUGCGCGAUAAGCUCGUCGGCAUCUUCUACGAGGCGUCGCGUUCCUCGACGGAGUACAUCUUCGGAGACUCGAUCGCGGGGAUCGAGCAGACGGACCGCGAGGCGGUCGUCACCUUUGCGAACGGUACGACGAAGGCUUUCGACGUCGUCAUCGUCGCGGACGGAAUGGCGUCGAGCACACGCUCGCUCGUCUUCGGUCGCCCAGGCACCGCCGAGAACAAGGACGACAAGGCCGAAGUCCAGAUUCGCUCCGUCGGCUUCCACUGCGCCUACUUCACCAUCCCUUACGCCGAGUCAGACGGCGCCUGGUCGCGCUGGUGGCACACAACGCGCAGCCGCUCGAUCUGGCUUCGCCCGGACGUGACGACUCCUAGCACCCGCGCCUACCUUCUCGCCGGCGGCGAGGCGACGCAACAGGCUCUCAGCGGCGCACGCAAGCUCAGCGUCGACGAGCAGAAAGCGCGCUGGAAGGCGUUGUACGCUGGAGCAGGAUGGCAGACGGACCGCGUUCUCGAGGCUAUGGACGGCGCCGAGGACUUCUACAUGCAGGAGGUGGCACAGGUGAUCUCCAAGAGCUGGAGCAAAGGUCGAGUCGUGCUGCUUGGCGAUGCAGCAGGCUGUCCGUCGCCGAUGUCGGGCAUGGGCACCUCGUGCGCUGUCGUCGGCGCCUACGUCCUCGCGGGCGAGCUCGCCAAGCGUCGCGACCAUCUCUCCGACAGCGCAGUCGUCAAGGACGCGCUCGAGGCCUACGAACGCAUCUGUCGUCCUUACUUCGAGGACGCCCAGGACAUCCCCAUUUCGCUCUUCCGCCUCGGGUUCCCCGACUCGGCUCUCGGCGUCGCAGUCCAGCGCAUCGCGGUCGGCGCUAUCAGCUACCUCAUCAAGACUCGGGCGGCGAAGUGGGCGGGGUCAAGGAUCUUUGGCUCGGGCGAGGCGGCGCAGAAGCCGGAGAAUCCGCACAUCAAGCUGCCUUUGUACGACUUCUAG